GACUCCUUUUCUUGCAGUGAGUGACUCAGCCAAGUUGCUGUUCCCUUCAGCUCGGAACUUCAGUCAUUCUGGCUGGCGGACAGGGCAGUCGCUUCCUCAGAGCCGGCAGUAGUCAGAAGGGGAAUUCAAACCUCUCGGCUAAACCGGUUCUGAGGUUUUCGCAAGAGGUUAGAAACAAGCUUUUUCCUUCGAGUUUGUACCAGUCGGGAGGAUGUUGAAAAGCGGGGAGCGUUGUUUCCCCGACGCCGACUACAUCUCUGCGCUGGAAUCGCCUAUAUCCUGGGACAUCAACGACCCCAAACUGCCCCAGGAUGUGCUUCAGUUGGAUCGUUUCCAGGAAUGGACAGAUUCCUAUGUUAAAUUUAUUUAUAGUGCUGAUGAUAAAAAUGCACAGAGGCAUCAGAGCGGAUGGGCCAUGAGGAAUACGAACAAUCACAAUUGCCACAUUCUGAAGAAAUCCUGCUUAGGAGUAGUACUUUGCAGCAAUGAUUGCACCCUGCCUGAUGGGAAAAAGAUCUAUCAGAGACCUGCCAUAUGUGAUAAGGCACGGCAGAAACAACAAAAGAAAUGUUGUCCAAACUGUGGUGCUCCCUUGAAUCUCAUGCCAUGCCGAGGACAUGGAGGUUAUCCUGUCACCAACUUCUGGAGACAUGAAGGAAAAUGCAUAUUUUUUCAGGCAAAAGGUGUACACGAUCACCCCAGGCCAGAAACAAAGACAGAAGCUGAAGCGAGGAGAUCAAUCCACAAGAAAAGACCAUAUGGUGAAAAUGGAUGCUAUAAAAAUAAAAGAGACCUGCAGCUUUUAACAGGUCCAAUUGAAAACGAAGGAUCUCAGCCAACAUUUACUUCUAAUCCAAAAAGUGUGUUGUCCAAUCUCUAUGUAAAUGGAAACCUGGAAGAAUGUGUAGCAGUUGAGAACAUCUCCGGUAAUCCAUGCUUCUCAUAUACAAAUGGGCAUGACCUCGGAAAGCCCACUUACCUUUAUGAUCCACACUGUGAAAUGGAUAUCAGCAGAAUCUAUAGCAGAUGUGCACAAUUUAGUGCAGGAUGCCAUAAUCCUGGGAAUUAUGGUGGUCCCGUAACAAACUGCAGUACAAAUUUUGAGUGUGGAGACUAUCCCAACUGGAACAAAAUUACUUUGGGAAAGAAUGCUUACAGCAACACUUUUAUUAGAUAUUCUCAAGGUUCUUCAGAUCCUUGUAAUGAAACUGCCAGUCCUAAGAACUUUAGAGACCCAAUGCAGAAUGCACAAACUACAAUAAACAGCAUGAACAAGACCAUGUACCAGACCUCCAAGCCCAACCCGGAUGAAUAUUGUGAUUAUCUAUAUGAUGCUAUGUUCCUGCAAAAUCAGAAUAGCACCUAUGUUCCUACUGCUAUUUAUCCACUUUAGAAUUUCUCCACAUGCAACCACCCAUAACUGCUGUGGUAAUGUGAAGGGCGGAAACAUAGAAUUCUAUCAAUAAGAAGUAUCAACUUUUUUUUAAGUCUUAAGUAAACCACCUAUGAACUGGAAGAUAUUUAACAUUCCAACUGGAAGUUUUUAAAACUUAAUUUCAAACAUAACAUGCACUAAUUAUUUAAAGAAAAACAAAAAAGAAAAACUUCAUCGGUUCAAAUCAUUCUGAAAUUUCUUCUCUAGAAUUUACUGUAAAUAAUGGGUGAAUUUAUAUCAGCUUAAAUGAAAGACUAUUAAAAAUAGUGAUGCAAAUCCAGCAGCAUGAUUGCAAUGAACAAACAAUAACUAAGGUUAUCAUUCUUGCCGAUACCCUGUAUGACAUUCUGCAGCACGUUCUGAGACACAUUCACCAUGUUAUAAUGAAAUGUAGUACAAUAAAUACCAUACUCAUUUAAUUCAUUGAUGUACAUAAACGGCAGCUCACUCAUCCACAUGUGAAAAUAAACGGCCGACACAUCAUUUUCGAAAAGGAUGUUUAGCACAAUGGAUUUAUUGCUUUUCAGAUUUUACCUUAGGAUUAAUUUUAAACACCAGCAGAUUGUCUCAUGUAGAAAACACAAAAUCAAGUACAUAUCAAGUAUACAUAACAAUGCCAAUGUGAACAUUGAGUGUAGGUACCCAAUUACGCUAAGAAAACAGUGUUGCCAGAAUCUGAAAGGUUGCGCUAUGGGGGAUUUCUUUACUAAGGUCACAAGUGCUCUUAAUAUAUUUGAACCAUGUCAUAUGUCAUACAGGGAUAAGUUUUGAUUGCCAGAGAUAACAAAAAGAAUCAUUCUUUUAAACUUUCUACUUCAACAGGAGCGAGAUAUAAUCACAUUUUUUUUAGAAAAUUUCACCUCUGUGCCUUUUUUGAUUAUAAGUACUUUGCCUUGUGCAGUUUUAUUACAAUGCUUUACUUUAAAUUUAUAAUGUAUGAUGUGGAAAUGUUGUCAAAUCUUAGUACCAACCUGAAGUUAGUGUUGUAUAGUUGUGAUGUCAUUAAAAAUACCUACAUGGAAUAAAUCUAUAUGCAUUGUGUUAAUAU